AUGGCCUUGGGAGUGGGGCAUCAUCGCCACUGCGUGAAGGAAAGUGGGAAGGAGGGAAGCAUUUACUCACCACCUGCGAAGAGGCGAGAGGUGAGGUCCAGCAGCUGCUGGUUUCAGCGUCUUGGACUUCCCUGCCGGGAAGGAGGAGCCUUAGCCUCGGAAAGUCUGUUCUCAAAUAUCUGGUUAUGGCGAGGUGUUGCUGGAGUCCUUGCUGCUGCUGUCAUUUUGAUUUUGUGUAUUCAGUUUGUAAACUGUUCUUCGGCCAAAGGUUUUCCUGUUUGUCCUUCCCUGGAACUCUGUCCCUCAGGUUGGCUGUAUUUCCAGAGGAAAUGCUAUUACCUCUCAGAUAGUGAAGCCAACUGGAACUCCAGUCAGAGCCUCUGCUCUUUGCACAAUGCUUCCCUCCUGGUGAUCGAAAAUCAUGAGGAACUGAGUUUUAUGGUGAAGAUAACAAAGCAAGACCCAUGGAUUGGACUCUAUAAAAGAAAUGAGGAGUUCUUUUGGGAUUGA